AUUUGACGAUUAUUUGUUUUUGAAAUUAUACGUUUAUUUAUAAAUUACGAAGAUACUAUAUUUUUGUUUGUAGAAUGGAGCAAUCCUUAAAUUAAAUUAUUAUUUUUUUUUUACGUUUUAUCGAAGUAAAAAGUAAUUAAUUUCGUUUUAUAUUAAUCAUAAACAUAUAUAAUAUGAAAAUUUUAAGAAAUGGAUAUUUGUGAAGUAUUACCAAUUAAAUCAUUAGAAGAAUUACUUGCAUGGGAAAUAAAAUUAGAAAAACUAUAUGUUGUUGAUUUACAAACACGUUCAAAUUAUUCUAUUAGUGGCCAUGACUAUAAGUGUCAUGAAAAACAAAUGACAUCAAAAAGAUAUUUUAAUCAAGGUUUACCAAAAACAUUAAUUUGUCAUGAUAUGGAAGGAGGGUAUAAAAAUGAUCGAUUUGUGAAUGACUGUGAGAGUAGAGAUGAGUAUGUAUUUUACCAUUGGUCUAUUAUAGACAUUUUUAUUUAUUUUAGUCAUCAUUUUAUAACCAUACCUCCAGUAGGUUGGACAAAUGCAGCUCAUAAACAUGGUGUUAAAUCACUUGGAACAUUAAUUACUGAGUGGAAUGAUGGAUAUGAAUUAUGGCGUAAAGUGUUUAACAAUUUAGACAAAAGAGAUAUUUUAAUAGAUAAACUAGUACAAAUAUGUAAAUAUUACAAUUUUGAUGGUUACCUUAUUAAUAUAGAAAAUAAUUUGUCCUUAGAAAAUAUAGAAAAUAUGAUAGAGACAGUUAGUUUAUUAAGAACUAAACUUAAAGCGACUAUAGCACAUUCAGAAGUCAUAUGGUAUGAUUCAGUUAGCAUGGUAAAUGGAAAAUUAGCAUGGCAAAACCAACUUAAUAUCCACAAUAAAUUAGCAUUUCAAGCUUGUGAUGGUAUAUUUUUAAAUUAUAAUUGGAAAGAAGAAGAUCUAAUUAAAUCUAUUGAAAGCGCGGGAAGUAGAAUUCUAGAUAUUUAUGUAGGAGUUGAUGUAUUUGGUAGAAACUGUUUAGGUGGUUUAGACUGUUAUAAAUCUUUAGAAUUAAUUCGACAAUAUGAUUUGUCUGUAGCAAUAUUUGCACCUGGAUGGACUUAUGAGACUUUAAGUGAUAAAAAACUAUUGAUUGAAAAUGAAAAUACAUUUUGGAGAACUCUAUAUCCAUACAUGUAUAUUCACAUUCCUUCCACAUUACCAUUAUGCACCUAUUUUUGUAGAGGUUAUGGAAUUAAAAAAAUGGAAAAAGGACAGUUAUCGUCUGUUAACUCUUGGUUCAAUUUGUCAAAAAUGAAUUUUCAAACAUCUGUUCCUCUAUGCUUAUCAAAUAAUAAACCUUCCUGCAUUUCUUAUGAUGAAAAUGAUGCUAUUACUGGUGGUGGAUGUUUAAAAUUAAAUGGUCAUCGUGAAAGUAGUACUUAUUAUAGAAUUUUGGUAUGCCACUAUGAAAUUAAAUCAAAAUUAUGUUUUGAAAUAGCAGUAAAAGCUAUGAAGCCAUAUGACACACAUAAAAUUUUUAUGAUUGCAAUAGAUCCUUAUGGUAUGCCUUAUAAAAUGGAAUUUGGUGUUCAAGGAGAUGAUAAUCUAUUCUUUAACAAUUGUGAUGAUUAUAGUUGUAUAGUUCCAAAUACUAAACUCUAUAAAUUAACAGUACAAGAUGGAUGGCUAGUUCAUAAUUUAUCUUGUCAAAUGGAAGGAAUAAUUGUUGAGAUUGCAAUUGAAACUGAAGAACCUUUACUUGUUGGGAAAUUAUUUCUAAAUGAUGAAACUAGUGAUUGUACUAUAUAAUCAUUUUUAUUUUUAUUUAUUUAUUUAUUUAUUAAUAAAUAAAUAAUUCUUUAUUAUAAAAAAUAAUAAUAAAAUUAGUUGGCUUAUAGUAAAUUAAAAUACAAAUAAAUAAAUUAUUCUCCAAUAAAAUAUU